GCAUUGUCAGAUUUUGCGCCCGUAAACUUGAGAGUUAAGAGGAGGCGGAAAAAGGAUAAACUACACGACCGAAGGCAAGAUUGGCUUUUCCUAUUGCUUCGCUGGCCCAUCCUGUGCUUCAUAUUUAUUAUUAUCGCUGGUGAAUUUGGUUUGUACGUUAUGAUUCGGCAGAUGGUCAAUACCAAAGAGUGGCUAUCAGCUUGGCGCGGGCGUAAAGGUUUGCUUCGUAAACGAUUGAGGGCCGCGCAUACAUAUGAGGAGUGGAAGGAGGCUGCACUUACAUUGGAUGAAUAUCUAUCUUUUAACGAAUGGAAAAAUGUAGACGAUGACCCAUACUACGACUGGAAAUUGGUCAGGAAGGUCAGCCAAUCCCUCAAGAUCCUUCGCCAAAAGGACGAUGCCCGUGGUGUGCUUGGUGUGCUUGAAACAUGUAUCCGCACUAAUUUCGCCGCAGUCGAAUCGUCAAGGCUAUACAGCGAGACAUUCCUAGGAACGAAAGACCUGAUUGAGGCUUACUACGAUGAACAAGAAAAGGCGUUAGAAUACGUUCGGAAUUCCCAGGAAUUAUCCAACGAGGAAAAGAAGCGAUUUUUUAAGACUGCAAACACCAAUCUUGGAACUACUGCACUUUGCCUUUCUGGUGGUGCCUCCUUUGGUUAUUAUCAUUUUGGCGUCGCAAAAGCCUUCCUCGAUGCGAAUCUUUUGCCUCGUGUAAUCACUGGCACUUCGGCAGGUGGCCUCAUCGCGGCUUUAGUAUGCACUCGCACAGACCAGGAGUUGAGAACACUGUUGGUCCCUGAACUAGCCAACAAAAUAACAGCUUGUGAAGAGCCAUUUAGCGUAUGGUUCAAACGUUUCUGGACGACAGGGGCCAGGUUUGACAGCAUAUCAUGGGCACGCAAGUGCACAUUUUUUACACGGGGCUCGAUGACAUUUCGGGAGGCCUACAUGAGGACUGGACGCAUCCUAAAUAUCUCCGUUAUACCUGCGGACCGGCAUUCCCCGACGAAGCUCCUUAAUUAUGUGACGGCACCAGAUACUAUCAUCUGGACUGCCUUGCUUGCUUCCGCUGCUGUCCCUGGUAUCCUCAAUCCAGUGGUACUUAUGCAGAAAUUGAAAGAUGGUCGGAUUGUCCCUUGGAAUUGGGGUAGCAAAUUCAAAGAUGGAUCGCUUAGGGUUGACAUUCCAGUACAGGCUCUGAACCUUUACUUCAAUGUAACCCAUCCUGUUGUGUCGCAGGUUAACCCACACGUUCAUUUAUUCUUCUUUGCCCCCCGAGGCUCAGCUGGAAAGCCUGUAGCGCACAGAAAAGGCAAAGGUUGGAGAGGAAACUUUUUAUUGUCGGCUGCCGAACAGUGGCUGAAACUAGAGUUAACAAAAAACUUUAAGGUUAUCCGUGACCUAGAGCUUCUUCCACAACUUUUGGGCCAAGAUUGGUCUAGUGUAUUUUUGCAGCGCUUUGAUGGAGCUGUCACAAUAUGGCCUCGGACACGAAUUCUGGAUUGGAUCCAUAUUCUGAGCGAUCCUGAUCCAACCGAACUCGCUAGGCUAAUGCGAGUUGGUCAAUUCGUCACAUGGCCAAAGCUGCAUAUGAUCGAAAAUCGCUAUCGAAUAGAAAAGCAGAUACUGCUAGGCCGUAAAGCGGUCCGCAAGGCAAUGCAAACUAAGAUUAGACCCACGCCUGUAGACUCUCAGGACCUUAAUGUAGCGGACGAUAUGCCCGAGCCGAUAACGGGUACAAGGUUACCCCAGGUUUCGGCCUCAGCUACGAUGAAUGCUGAGCCUCCUAUAUCUAUGGACACCGAUGCAGAGACGGCGUUCACUAGCAGCGGGACGGCCUGGUAUUUCAGACGCGGUCGACCUACUGCUAUAGCCACUCCAGAGUCUGGAGUGUCUUCGCCUUACGAAAGUGGCUAUACUAAUGCCACCGACCCUCUUCGAUCCCCAAUGUUGCGCCGGAAAUGGGCAUCAGAGCUGCUUGAUCAAGAACCGAUGAGUGGUGAAAGUUCUUCUUCGAAAACUGCACGACCCGCUACUCCCGAUCCGCCGCCACCACAAUCGCCGAUUACAGUACCAAGAAGAUUGCACUUAUCAUCUCCCUCGAAUUUCCUUAGCAACUUGAAGCUUCGCCCUAAAUCCUUCCCUACCUUAUCUUCAGCAUUCUCUACGAGGCACAGAACUGGCAAGGCUCCGGUAAAGGAACCCAGUCUAGACAUGGACCCAACUUGGAGCAGUGACACGUCUUCAGAAGAAGACUUAUCACUGGACGAGAGAAGGCAUUUGCAUCAUCCAUCCACCCUCCAGCUGUCUCCUCGAGCAGAUACGGACUCAGAUUCUGCGGAAGUUGAUAUACAGCAAGUGAACAGUAUAGAUUCGGAGUAAUGCCAUGAUAAUAAUUUGUAGCUGAUCGAGUAUCAUAUUGUAUCUCUAGCUUGGGAGGAUUGAAUAUUACCUGAAUGUAUUACUGUAGUAUUAAUGUAAUGCUGUCCUGUUC